AUGGGCCAGAGGCACGGAAAGGCCGUGUAUGACAGCGCUGCAAAGCCCUUCCUCAACCUCAGCCUUGCGGCCGUUGGCACGCUAUGGGAGACAUUCAACGACGUCGCGGAUGGCUUCGGCAUCAAUCUGCAUGAGUUUCUAGAGAUAUGCUCCGAGCUGGGAGAAGAGCUGCAGCUCAACAGGGCCAAGCUGGAUAAGCUUUCAACGGCUCUCUUCAAGCUCCUGGACACCGACAAUAACGGCUUGAUAGACGCCAUCGAGUUCGUCAGCGCCAUGGCGUGCGCUUCGGGGAUGAGCGUGACCGACACUCUGGAGUUUGUCCUGAACUGCUAUGACUUCGACGGCACCGGUCGCCUCACGAUAGAUGAGAUAUCCCUGGCCUUCAAGAGCACCGUUACCGGUAUGUGCAAGCUAGAGGGGACCGGCGCGGGCGCUGACGCGGGCCUCAAGGCCUGUCCUCGCGACGUCGAUUUCGAAGCCGCCGCCAUGAACGCCUUCGAGCGCCGGGCUGAGGGGUCUGACCGGUUCAAGGUCAAGAUGCGGGAGGUGAUCGACUUUUGCCAGGAACAGCCCGAAAUCAGGUCAUGGCUCGACUACUUCGACGACCCGGCUGAGGAGGAAGCCCUGGCAGCAGCGGGGUCGGAGGGGAAGGAGGGAGGAGAGGAAGGCGGGGAGGACAACGACAUCCGGCGCGAGGGAUGGUUCCCAGUGCGCACGACGAACGAGACCGCCGUGGCAGAGGACAACGCCUUUUCGUCGGCAAGGGCUCCUCAAGAGACGACAACAACAACAACCACAGCCGGCGGCACUGCCAAAGGCAAGAAAUCGGCAACGGCGACACCUCCCUGGAUGGAGACGGUGAAAAGCCUUGUGCCUGCGUCUUUCAGUGGGCAGACGAUUGACAAGACCCCGCCCGACAUAGGCGCGAGCCUCGAGUGGAUCCACGGCUACAACGGCUCUACUUGCCGCAACAACGUGCGCUACAGCGCCGGGGGCGAGGUCAUAUACCACGCGUGUCGGGCAUGCGUCAGCUACAACGCCACCGACCACCGGCAGAGGUUUAACCUUGACCACACGGAUGACAUCUGCAGCUUUGCCAUGCACCCGUCGGGUCGGCUGGCCGCCACGGGGGAGGUGGGCACUGAGCCAAAGAUCAUCAUCUGGGACACGGCUACGAUGCAGACGGUCAAGGUCAUCAAAGGCUUCCACCGACGGGCGGUGACUUUGCUGGCGUUUAGCGAGAACGGAGCUCUGCUUGCGAGUGUGGGACAGGACGACAACCAUUGCCUUGCCGUGCACGACUGGGAAAAGGGCAAGCUGCAACACACCGGUCCCACCGAUAUGCGCGCGGUUUUAGGGUGCUGCUUCGAAGCCGAUGGGGGCGUCGUCACGUGCGGGGACAAGCACGCGCUCUUCUGGAAGAAGGAACGACAGUGCUUCGUCAAGAAGAAGGGCGUGUUCGGGCGUAAAGCCACCGCGCAGAUGCUCAUCUGUUGUUCCCGCCUCCAGGGAAAGGUCAUAACCGGGGCGGCGUCAGGGCACUUGUACGUCUGGUCCGGCCGGAACUGCGUGCGCUCGGUGCGCGGCCACUACGGCUCGGUGACCGCCAUGUUUUCGGGUCCCUAUGGUCUCAUCUCGGGGGGAAAGGACAUGCGCGUCAGGCUUUGGAGCCCCAAGAUGGAACCUGGGGCAACCUUCGACAUGAGUGCCUUCGGACCCUGCCCCAUUGUGCACAGCCUGUGCCUCUCCAACGACGGGACCAAGCUUCUCGUGGGGGUCAAGGGAUGCGAGAUCUACGAAGUUAGCGCUGCGGACGGUUCAGACGUAGCCGGCGGACCCGUGACCACCUCGCACUUCGACGGGCAGCUUACGGGGCUGGCAAGGCAUCCACAGAGGGCUGAAUACGCCACCGCUGGGUCUGACGGCACGGUGCGAAUCUGGGACGCUUUGACGCGGUCUCUCCUCCGCAUGACGCGCCUUGACUCCGCGGCUUCAUGCGUGGACUACUCCCCCGACGGCGAGCUUCUCAUCGUUGGCUUCGGCGCCCGCAACCGCUCUACCACGACGCCAUCGAGCGGCAGCAGCACAACCGAGUCUUCAACAGCAAAAAGCGGCAGCAGCGGGAGCAAAGGUCGGAGAGGCAUUGGCGGUGGUUCGGGCAAGAACAACACCAGCAGUAGCAAAGGCCUAGGAAGCGAGGCCGGGAGCAGCGAUUCUGGCGGCGGCAAUGCCAAGACUGGAGGAUUCAUCGUCCUGAAUGAGGCUGAUUUCAUUACGGUGUUCGAGGCUAGGGAUGCAAAGCAGGGUAUUAUUGAGGUUCGUUGGUCUCCUGAUCGAGACACGGUCGUGCUGGGCGGAGAGGAUUCCAACCUGUACCUCUACGCGACAGGCGAAAACUACGACCUCAUCGCCACAGCGGCGAAGCACAAACACCCGGUGACAUCAGUGGACUUCAGCAAGGACGGUGACUGGAUUCGCUCGACCUGUAAGGGCGGACAGUUGCACAUCUGGGACACCAACAAGGGAAAUCAUCAGAGCAACAUCACAAAGUACAAGGACGUGGAAUGGAGCACGGAGACCUGCGCCUUCACUUGGGCGACCAGGGGCAUCUUCACAGGGACGGAGGGAGACGGCGCGAGGAUCUCCUGCACCGAUCGCUCCCCGAACGGCCUGGUCGUGGCUGUUGGCGACGGCUACAGCCGGUUGCGGCUCUAUCGCCACCCGUGCCCGGGAGACCGCCCGCCACCCGCGUUGUUCCACGAGCUCAGGGGCCAUGGAUCCGGAGGAGUGAGCAGGGCGAGGUUCUUGCGUGGUGGAGAAGUUUUGGUCACUCUCGGGGAAAGCGACAGGUGUGUCUUGCAAUGGAAGCUGAGCGGAGCAGGAGCUGGAGAUUCCCGCAGCGGAGAGUUGAAGGACAGCGCGGAAGCUGUUGCCGAGGAGGAGAGUGACGGCUACAUAUUGGAUCUAAAGGACGGAAGUGACUUGGACAGAGGGAGCGACUUCGAGACAGCCGCGGAAGAGCGACGGAGAGUGCCGGCUUACGGGGGAGCACGAAAGCGCAGACGAGCGGCGGCCGUAUCGGACCAAGGGCCGACAGAAACGACCAAUACUGCCGCAGGCACUGGUUUUGACGGAGGCAAGGCAUCGCUUCCGCCUCCACCACGACCAUGGGAGCAAGCGACAGUGGCACCAUCCAGACCGCCGCCCACCGACAAGAGUGCACCUGCUGACGGCGUUGAGCUCGAGAGGAUUCACGGCUAUCGCGGUCGAGACUCGAGGAGCAACGCGGUCUACGCCGGAGCGGACGAGGUUGGCGGUGGCGGCGGUUGCAACCGUGCAGUCUACACUUCGGCCGCCGCGGGGGUUAGCCUCGACCUGACCAACCACACGCAGAACUUCCAGCUUGGGCACUCAGGGGACGCCACCUGCCUGGCCGCGUUGCCUGAUGGGCUCCUGGUGGCCACUGGGGACGUGUCAAGGCGGCCCACUAUCAUCGUCUGGAAGCCAGACACUGGCGAGGCGGUCAAGACUCUGUCGGGGUUCCACAGGAGGGCAAUCACGGCGCUGUCGUUCUCCAGGGACGGGCGGCACCUGGCUUCACUUGGCUGCGAUGACGACCAUAGCCUUGCCAUCUACGACUGGGAGAACAGCCUGCUCAGGGCCACUGCCAAAGGAGGGCGGCGCAAGGCGCUCGAUGUCGCGUGGAACAGUGCUGGAACACGGCUGGUCACCUGCGGGCUUCGGCACGUCAGCUUCUGGAACUUCGCCGGGGGUCGGAACCUCCUUCAUAGCCGCGGGGUGUUCGGAGGGAAGGGGAGGAAGCAGACGCUACCCUGCUGCGUGUUCGUCGGGGACACCGCCGUGGUCGGCACCGGCGACGGCCACCUGUACGUGUUCGAGAAUGGCGCCACCACCCUCACCCGCUCGGUCAAGGCCCAUACCGGAUCAGUGUACACUCUCCAUCCUGUCUUUUCCGCCGCCCCAGUCAAGGCGGCGGCAGCGUCGGACGAGCAGCUGGGCUAUGACGGAAGCGAAGGGCAGGGGUUCUGGAGCGGAGGCAAGGACGGGCUGGUGAAGUUCUACAAUGGCCAGUUGCAAGGCGUCAAGGAGUUCAGCGUGGCCACGAUAGCUUCUAACGGCGUGCCGGGUGGUGCAGCGGGAGCUCUGAAGGCGCUCGCCGGUGGCGGCGGCAUGGGAAAGAAACGCCUUCCUGGGGCGGGUGGCUCCAGCGUCAGCCUCGACCCCGCCGUUCGGAGCGUGUUCACAUCUAGAGACGGCCGCAAGCUACUCGUGGGAACGAGGGGCGGGGAGCUCUACGAAAUGAGCACUGCAGACGGGAGCGACGCCGCUGCCGUUGGUGCCGGCGGAGCGUCGGGGCGGGGGAGCGGCGGCGGGCCACUAACCGCAGGACACGGGAGAGGACAAGUGUGGGGAUUGUCGGCUCACCCUACGGAACGGCUUUACGCCACUUGCGGUGAUGAUGGCAGCGUGAGGAUAUGGUCACUCGAUGACCGGAGGGUGGUCGGGAGCAUUUCCACGGACUGCUCGUGCCGCGCGAUCUGUUACAGCCCUGAUGGAAGCGCUCUUGCGGUGGGAUGCGGUGGUGGCAAGGGCAAGGCUGAUGCCACCAAAUCCGGAACGUUCCUGGUACUCAAGUCGGAGAACCUAUCACUACGCCACGAAGGAAAGGAUGCCGAUGACUGGAUUAGGGAUGUGAAUUAUUCGUCAGAUGGUGCCCGUUUGGCUGUGGCCUCGAAUGACUGCAAGGUGUACAUUUAUGCAACGAAGGACGGGUUCACCAAGCUCAGCACCAUCGCCUCCCACCAGAGCUUCGUGACGCACGUUGACUUCUCGUCGGACGGCAACUACGUACAGAGCGCCGACGGAGCUAGUUCUCUUCUCUUCGCCGACGCCGCUACAGGCAUUCAAAUCCCAAGUGCGACGGCGAUGAAGGACAUCGAGUGGGGCACGUGGACACUCCCAUUCGGGUGGGCGGCGAGGGGCGUGUGGCCGAUAGCUGGGAAUGACCCCGGGACCGAGAUUUCCUGUGCCAGGCGCUCCGGGGACUCCUCCCUUCUCGCGGCGGGCGAUAACUUCGGGCGGCUGCGGGUUUUCAAGUACCCGGUGCCCAUUCCAGGAUCAUGCUGCUCCGAGUACCGGGGUCACUGUGCUGCAGUACGGAGGGUGUGCUGGUCCGCUGGAGACACGCAUCUCUUGAGCUGCGGGGUGGAUGGAAGCGUGAUGCAGUGGAGGAUGAUAGCAGAGCCAGAUGCGAUCGAUAGCGGAGACGAGGCCCAGCGCAGCGGCGAGGACAGCGAGCUGGAGGGCGACGGUGGCUUGCGGUGCUGCAGCAGCAGAAAGCAACCGCAGCAACAGACGGCAAUGCUGGAGGAACCAGCCGAUGCUGCCGACCCUCGUACCAGUGGCGGCGGGGAGGCGGCAGGGGGCGAUGUCGCGGCGGCCGGCGGUGGUGAAACCGCAGCGGCGAGCGUGGGGGCGGCAAUGGCGGGUGUGAGCCCGUCCAAGGCGAAGAUGCCGUGGGUGGCAGCGAUGGUCCCGCCCUCUAACAUGAAGAUGUCAGACACGACUGCUCCGGAACUCCGCACGAGGCUUGAUGCUGUCCACGGCUGCCGCGCGGAGGACCUUCGGGGAUGUGUUUGGUACAACCACGAAGAAGGUAUCGUCUACCCCGUGGCGGCGCUCUGCGUUAUCUACGACCCCCGCACCGGCCGACAGUCUUACCACGAGAGUCACCUGGGUGAUGUCAUCAGCCUAACCGUUUCUUCGUGCAGGCGUUUCGCCGCAUCAGGGGACGCGGCUGAUCCUCCCCUGGUUCACGUCUGGGACGCCGUCACCGGGGCAGGGGUUGUGUGCGGGGGGGCGGGAGGAGAGACCUCCGGCCUGCUGCCCUCCCUCCACAGGGUUGGCGUCGCGCUGCUGGCGUUCUCUUGCGACGGUCACUGGCUCGCAUCCAUGGGUCACGAUCCGGAGCACACGCUGGCCGUCUACACGAGCCCUUCCGGGCAAUGGUGGGACGCUUUCCCGGUGGCAACCGCCAAGGCCGGCUUCACCCGCUUCCUGUGUCUGGUUUUCACGGGGCAGGAGGCGUUCCCGCUGUUGGCGGGCGGGAUCAAGACCGUCUCCUUCUUCGACCACACCGAUGGCUCCAGGGGCUUGAGACGCAAACGAGGCGUGUUCGGGUUCCGGAAAAAGAUCCAGCCCGUUCUGUGCGCUGUGAAGAUGGGCGAGGACCAGACUACGCUGACGGGAACUGUGACCGGCAAUCUCUAUUCCUGGAAGGCCCACCGUGUGCACCGGAGCAGUGCCGGCCACGCCGGACCGGUCUAUUGCUGCGCUAGGGCCGGGGUAAAGGGAUACCUUACGGCGGGGAAAGACGGCUUCAUCAUGCUCUGGGACGCAGAGCUGCAAAAGCUGAAGCAGUACGGGGUCUUCGAGAGUCACCCGGCAAGUGCCAUGCUGCAUUCGAUCUGCUCGGUUGGAUCGGCCUGCAAGUUCGUCACGUGCACCCGCGCGGGAGAAGUUUACGAGAUUUCGAAAGACAGUGGGCGCCUCCUUCUUCUCGCAGACGGGCACGGCAAGGGCCAGCUGAGGGGGCUGGCGACCCACCCCACGGAUCCGGACGUCUACGCCACUGUUGGAGAUGAUGCCUUUGUUAGGGUCUGGAGCUUGAGCCUUCGCCGGGCCACCCUCAAGAUGAAGGUGGACUCGGCGGCGCGGUCCCUCGCGUUCUCUCCCUCCGGAAAGCACCUCGUUGUCGGCCUGGGCGGGGACCGUGACGCCAUGGUCAAGGAAGGGGCGGUGAUCGUCCUGUCCGCGGAGACCCUGGAGAUCUUGGAGGAGACUCCUUAG